AUGGGUUUGCUAUCAUCGUCGUCAAGGCUAUCAAGCUCAAACCUUGCUCGUUCUCGUGCCAUCGGCCCUAGUUGCUUCCCUUUGCUUGCUUUCCUGAUAGUCUCUAUUUUCCUUCUCUACAAGGUUGACAUAUAUAUUCCACAUAGCAGGAGAGGUCCACGUCGAUUCCAAGCCACAUCUUUUGAUCAAAGUCCUGUUUCUUAUAGCAUGGAACCGAGGCAACAUCCGGAUACACUAUGGAUCCCUGACCAGAAAAAUGGUACUUUUGAUCGGCUCUUUGAGAUCACAUGGGGAAAGGACCAUGCCAAUAUAGUUGAGGACGGGGAAUUGCUCACUCUUAGCCUUGACAAACGAUCAGGGUCAGGUUUUCGGUCUAAAGAUGAGUAUUUGUUUGGGAAAAUCGAUAUGCAACUUAAAUUGGUCGAAGGGAACUCUGCUGGCACCGUUACAGCUUACUAUUUGUCUUCAGAAGGCGAUUUCCAUGAUGAGAUAGAUUUCGAAUUUUUAGGGAAUUCAAGUGGUGAACCUUACACACUACAUACCAAUGUGUAUAGCCAAGGAAAAGGUGAUCGAGAACAACAAUUCUUUCUUUGGUUCGAUCCCACUACGGAUUUCCACACUUAUACUGUCAUUUGGAACCCUCAACGUAUAUUGUUCUAUGUCGACGAUAUCCCAAUAAGAGAGUUUAAAAACAAUGAAGCAAUUGGUGUUCCAUUCCCAAACACACAACCUAUGAGAAUACACUCAAGUAUAUGGAACGCCGAAGAAUGGGCCACGAGGGGUGGGCUUGUCAAGACAGAUUGGAGCCGUGCUCCAUUUAUCGCAUCAUACAAGAACUUUAGCGCCGAUGCUUGCAUUUGGUCAUCGUCGAAAGGGUCUUCGUGCUUAUCUAAUUCGACCACGAGGCCAUGGUUCCGUGAAAAACUUAACACUGCAGCCACGAGAAAGUUAAAAUGGGUGCAAAAGUAUCAUAGAGUCUAUAACUAUUGCACGGAUAAGUGGAGGUUCCCUGAAGGUCCAGCCCCUGAAUGCAAGUUUAUCUAGAUCGGGGCAUUGUAAAA